AUGUCGGGUAUAAGUUCUAUAUUUGGCGCUGUUUCCGCCAAGGUGGACUCGAAAGUUGCUGCAUUGUUUGCAAAGUCUGCAAAGUCAGUUGAUUCAUCCGAGCUGAUCAACAAGAAGGCGACUGGUUUGCCAGUGGAACAUGUCCAACCAGAGGCUGCGAACGACUCUAAAGAUAAUAGCGAUUCAGCCUAUGAGUCUGCUGAGGGCUCAGAUGUGGAGAUGGACGAAGCUCCAGCUCCAGUCCCAGCCUCAGUGAGGCCCAAGAAGCGCCGCGAUGAGGACGACGAUUUGGAGGACAGGUAUAUGGCCAAACUUCUUGAAGAAACUAAGGAAGAGAAAAAGGCAUCGUCAGAUAAUGAAGAAGAGAAAGAAGUGACACAGUCGGCUCCAAAGGCUCAGACUGUAGAUUUGAAGCUGAGCGAGCUCGAGAAGGCAGAGAGAACUGUCUUCGUGGGAAACGUGUCUACACAGGUGAUCACCUCAAGCAAACUGCAGAAGGAGUUCAAGAAUCAUUUCAAGAAGUUUGGAGCAAUUAGCUCUGUGCGGUUUCGUUCGUUCGCUCUUGGCGAACUCCUCCCAAGGAAGGCAGCAUUCAUCACCAAGGCCAUUGAUGAUAAGAGGGACACCGUGAACGCAUAUGUUGUAUUUGUCCAGAAAGCAGACUCCGUUAAGGCUACUGAGUUAAACGCUACGGUUUUCCAUGAUCACCAUCUGAGAGUGGAUCAUCUCACUCAUCCUUUACAGCAAGACAAUAAGAGAUCUGUCUUCAUUGGAAACCUCGAUUUCGAGGAACAGGAGGAGAGUUUGUGGAAGUACUUCACCAAGAACUGUGGUGAUGUUGAGAAUGUUAGAAUCAUUCGUGAUUCAAAGACGAAUUUCGGCAAGGGAUUCGCUAUUGUUCAAUUCAAGGACUUUCUCGGAGUCGACAAGGCUCUUCUUUUGCAUGACAAAGUGCUUGAUACUAGUGAAAAGAAGCGUAAACUGAGAAUUACCAGAAUGAAGAAGACAGAGAAGAGAAGCGACAGACCACUGGGAAAGAACGCCAGGAACCUUACGGAGAAGGAGAAGUCCAUCUUGGGAAGGGGCAAGAAGACUCUAGGAAAGAGUGACAGAAGGACCCUCGGAAAGACUCUCACAAUCGAGGGUGAGAGAGCAAAGAAGGGAGUCAAGGUUAAAGGCAUCAAAAAUGGCCUGGGCAAAGUCAAGAAACCAAGAAUCACAAAGAGAUCGCAGAAGUUCAGAAGCGACAACCCCAACUAA